CCAGCUCGCUCCAUCCCCGAGCUCGAGGAAGAACUUUUUCGCUCACAAGACCUCAAAACUGGAGACACGCCACUUCUGUACGCCACUCGUCGCGGAGACAUCUCCAUGAUGCAAAUAUUGCUGGAAAAAAUGCCACCCAACUUGGUAGCUGUCCCUGACAAUCACUCUAGAACUGUGCUGCAUUUGCUAGCACGCUGGACCCUGGAGGGUGAAAUGGCGGAUUUGCUUGAUGAAGCGCAUAAAAAAGAGGUACUCAAGAACAGUAGAUCUUCUAUGAACAUCAAGGGGAGAACUCCAUUGGACGAGGAUGAUGAAGAAAAAGACCUUUUCCAUAACAUCGAUUCUGAAGGUCCUCCGACAUUACCAACACCAGAACAGAUGCUGUCUGCCUCACAAAUGGUUGGACGAGACGCCGAGAAGGCUUACGAAGUGCAAGGACCACAGACACAAGAACGAGGAGUAUCAUCAUCAACACCAGCCAAAGCUACACCUAUGCUGACGUUCACAUCGAGUGAAAUCCUUAUGCCACGUUCGCAGGAACAGACUCCUGCUAUGAUUACGCCAGUGUCUUCGUCCGAUCAGGUGGCAAAGAUGGGGUCGUUGAAGCACAACACCUCCACUGCUACCGCCAGCACUUGGUGGAGUGCCGGGACAACUAAAGGUGGUGCGUUUACCAGUCCCAGCAAGAGUAUACGGCCCGCUUAUAAUCUCACUUCCUCACACGAUAGUCUCGCAUCCUCGGUCAACCAUGCUUCGUCUUUGGACAGUGCUUACUCCACUCCACCUGCUCUAGACAUCGACUCGCCUCCCGUUACUCCACCUGUGCUGUAUUUCAACACGAUGCAGCAAGACCAAUGUAGACAAGGAGGCGAUCGUCAUGGUUCACCAACACCUCCACCUGCAGCACCCUACUUGUUGCAUGAUCGAGUGCAAGAACCAGAAAUGCAUGAUCAGCGAGAUGAAGAUGAAGACUCUUUCCGGCUGCCUCCAGCUGCUUCCUUUAUAACAACAACCAACACAGUGCUGCAUAAUAAUCAAGUAGUAGAACAAGAAGACGACACCACUCCUUCUCCUAAUCCUAGUAUCGAAGUUGAUGUCGACAAGAUUUUAGCAGACCAUCGACUCGCUUUGCAGAAGUGGCAUACAAAUCGCG